AGCAAAAUGUAGCACGGGAUCAGGAAAUAGUAUUGUAGAUGAGAGAGAGAGAGAGAGAGAGAGAGAGAGAGAGAGACAGACAGACAGACAGAUAGAGACAGAGAGAGAGAGGCAGACAGAGAGGGGGAGAGAGAGAAGGACAGAUACAGAGAGAGAGAGAGAGAGAGAGAGAGAGGAGUGAUUUAAUAAACACAAUACUUGUCAGCUUGACUAAGAUGGCACAGGUUCCGCAGGCUUACACACCAAAGCGCCCUGGUGUGGGCCUUGCGGUUCUGGUCACUGAUGCCACCCACCCAGGAUGUGUGCUUCUAGGACAGAGAAAGAGCUUGGUGGGAAAGGGGUUGUACCAGUUACCAGGGGGUCACAUUGAAUUCGGCGAGACAUGGGAGGAGUGUGCACGCAGAGAGGUGAUGGAGGAGGCCGGCAUUCGGUUAAAAGACCUCCGGUUCGCCUCCGUAGUGAACACCAUCAGGCUCGAUGAAAACUAUCACUACAUUACACUCUUCAUGCAGGGAGAAAUAGAUAAAGACUUUACAACAUCUGAGCCAGUAAACAUGGAGCCUGAGAAAAACGAGGGGUGGUCAUGGAGAGCCUGGGACGACUUUCCGCCUGAGGAGCAGCUGUUCUUUGCCCUGGCCAGUCUGAGACAGCAAGGUUUCCAUCCUUUUCAGCAAGAAUUCACACAGUCAACGAACUCUUUGUGAAUGACUCAGAAUGAACUCUCCAUCUCGUUGUUCUAACAUUAGACCUGAGAUGAAACCUGCAUGGCAUAUACGGCUUCGAGAUAUAACAUUUCAUUAUUAAGUAUUAAUAAACAUAUUUUCAGUAUAA